AUGUCUUCGCCCUCUCAGCGCCGCUCCCAGUCGGGCACUCCCCGGCGGAGCACCCGAUCCUCCCAGGCGCCCAGCAGCCCCGCGAACGCCAAUGCCUCCUCGCGGAACGGCGGCACCCCGCGCAACACGCGCAGCUCGCAGCUGGCUUCGAGUCCUCUGUUCUACCAGUCAUCGUCGCCCGCAAACGGCAACGACGAUGUCUCGUCGCCCCUGCGCCAGAACACCGAGAGCCAGAACACCAAUGCCAACGGGGGCGCCGCCCCGAGCUCGCCUCUGCGACAAAGGACCCACUCUCAGACAACAAGAGACGAGAGCCAGAACGACGGUGAUCGGACACCAAGAGCCAGCGGCAGCGGUCUCAUCGGAGAUUCUUCCCCUAUCAGAUACGAGGCUAGUUCCAGCCCGGGACGGUCGCUACACCCUCAGUCAGAUCUGCGCAGCGAGAGCAGCAACCUCUUCGUCGGAUCCUCCGCCACCCCUCGAGCAAGACGCAACCGCCGAGGCGAUAUCAACUCGGAGAUUUUCAGCGGUGGAGCCCGUGGCAGCAGCCGCGUUAUCUUGGACGAUUCUGGCCGUGUGGUGCGAGAAAUCCACUCUGAUGCUCCCACCUUCUCGAAUAUCGAUCCCAACACCUCCGAGGCAAACGUGCUCGGCGGUCAGGACAAUGCCACCAUCUGGGGUACCACCGUGUCCAUCGAUGACACGUACGCUGCCUUCAAGGACUUCCUAAAAAACUUCACCAAGAAGUACCGGAUGUGGGCCGAAGGCAUGACGACGGAGCAGACUGAUGCUGACCCGGAUGCGACCUCCAAGCCGUACCUGGAGGAGCUGAACAACAUGCUCAUCCUUGGCACCCGAAUUCUCUACGUCAACGUCGCAGACUUCAACUAUUACCCGCCUACGCGAAAGAUAUGGCACCAGAUUCAGCACUACCCUCAGGAAAUUGUGCCUCUGAUGGAUCAAUCGGUCCAUGAUGUAAUGAUUGAGCUGGCACAGGCUGAGAUGGCUCGCCAGAGGAGCCAAAGCAACGGCGUUUCGGCCUCGCAGCGGAGCGGCGCGCCGCCUAGCUCGGAUGUGCAGUUUCCGGACUCGGAGAGGAGCGAGGAGCCAACGGCAUCUCAGAGGCCCCAGCCGGGUCUCAAUUUGGAAGAGAAGGUCAUGGACCAGACGUACAUGACCCGCCCCUUCGGCCUUGGAGACGUUACCAAUAUGAGAGACUUGAACCCGUCCGACAUGGACAAGCUCAUCUGCAUCAAGGGCCUUGUCAUCCGGACCACACCUGUCAUCCCGGAUAUGCGACAGGCCUUCUUCAGGUGCAACGUCUGCAGCCAUUCCUUGCUGGUCGGUCUGGAUCGUGGCAAGAUCAGGGAGCCGACAACAUGCCCCCGCCCGCUUUGCGAGUCCAAGAACUCGAUGCAAAUCAUUCACAACCGCUGCGAGUUUGAGGACAAGCAGGUGAUCAAGCUGCAAGAAACGCCCGAUGCUGUUCCCGCCGGACAGACGCCCCACUCGGUUUCUAUCUGCGUGUACAACGAGCUGGUAGACUUCUGCAAGGCCGGUGACCGUGUUCAGAUUACCGGCAUCUAUCGUGUUAGCCCGGUCCGGGUGAACCCUCGCCAGAGAUCCGUCAAGAGCGUCUUCAAGACCUUCGUGGAUGUUGUGCACGUUGCCAAGGUCGAUAACAAACGACUUGGCGCUGAUGUGUCUACACUGGAUGCCGAGCGCAACGAUGACGAGAACCAGAUCCAGGAGGCGCGCAAGAUCACCCCCGAGGACGAGGAAAAGAUCAAGCAGACCGCUGCGCGGCCAGAUAUCUACGACCUUCUGUCUCGGUCGCUGGCUCCAUCUAUCUUCGAGAUGGACGAUGUGAAGAAGGGAAUUCUGCUGCAGAUGUUCGGAGGCACCAACAAGACCUUCCAAAAGGGAGGCAGCCCCAGGUACCGUGGCGACAUCAACGUGCUACUCUGCGGUGACCCGUCGACUUCCAAAUCACAACUGCUCAAAUAUGUGCACAAGAUCGCGCCUCGCGGUGUCUACACAAGCGGAAAGGGAUCUUCGGCCACUGGCCUGACAGCGUACGUUUCUCGUGACCCAGAAACUCGCCAGCUGGUGCUCGAAUCGGGAGCCUUGGUCUUGUCCGACGGCGGUGUUUGCUGCAUCGAUGAAUUCGACAAGAUGUCAGAUGCAACACGGUCAGUCCUACACGAAGUUAUGGAACAACAGACCGUAUCAGUGGCCAAAGCUGGUAUCAUCACCACUCUCAACGCUAGAACCAGCAUUCUGGCCUCUGCCAACCCUAUCGGUUCCCGGUACAACCCCGACCUCCCCGUUCCGCAAAACAUCGACCUCCCACCCACACUGCUAUCGCGUUUCGAUCUUGUGUAUCUGAUCCUGGAUCGCCAAGACGAUAACAACGACAAGAAGCUGGCCAGGCAUCUUCUCUCAAUGUAUUUGGAGGACAAGCCCGAGUCUGCAGCGUCAAACAACGAAAUCUUGGAUGUCGAAUUUCUCACAGCCUACAUCUCGUACGCUCGUGACUACAUUCACCCGUCGAUCUCGCAAGAUGCCGCAAAGGCGCUUGUUGACAACUAUGUCAAGAUGCGCAAGCUUGGGCAGGAUGUUCGCGCUGCUGAGAAGCGCAUCACAGCCACCACACGUCAAUUGGAGUCCAUGAUCCGUCUCGCAGAGGGUCAUGCGAAGAUGCGCCUCUCCACCACUGUGACGAAGGCUGAUGUCGAAGAGGCCAACCGUCUUAUCCAAGCUGCCCUCAAGACCUCGGCGACCGAUGCCCAAGGCAGAAUCGACAUGAGCCUGCUGAACGAGGGUGUAAGCUCUGCCGACCGCAAGCGCAAGGAAGAACUAAAGACAGCCAUCCUCGGCCUGCUGGAUGACAUGACAAGCAAUGGUCAGAGCGCAAAGUUCAGCGAUGUCAGCAGAAGACUCGGCGAGGGCGCUAGCGUUCCAGUGGAGCCAGCUGAUUUCGCCGAGGUGAUGCGCGCGCUCGAGAUGGAGGGCCUUGUCAUGGUCACCGGAGAAGGUGCGAGGAAGAGCGUAAGACGCGUCACUGGAGUGGCGUAA